AUGGAUUCUUCUCCUUUGAGAUCAAAAUCCAACUACCAUGCUCGUUCUGUCAGCUUGCCUUCUAGACUUCACCCGGUCAUUCCUCAUAUCGAUGAGAAUUUGAACCUUCAUGGACUUCAAAAUAUGUUUGACCGUUUGGACGAUUUGCUUCUAUUGCCACACACUCAACAAGUCUUUGCCCAACAGCGACACGAGACAUGGGUCGAAGAGGUUCUGGAAAAGUAUCUCAGGCUCUUGGGUAUUUGUGCUGCUGCUAAAGACGUUUCCACCCAAACAAAGCAAGAUGUACAAGGCCUUCUAUCGAUCCUGCGCAGGAGAAGAAAUGCCAAUGACUUUUCAGGGUACUUGAGUUCAAGAAAGAAGGCAAAGAAGGUGAUCCAAAAGUCUCUAAAUGAUUUGAAGAGUAUCGAAAACAAGACUAGUGCAAUAGCUUUCGGAAAAAGCAAUGAAAGUUUGGAGAUUGUUAGCUUGUUAAAUGAGGUUGAAGCAGCCACGAUUGGGGUGUUCGAGUCUUCGAUGUCCUAUAUUGCAGGGACAAAGGUGGAAUCAAGGGCGAGUGGAUUUUCCUUGGUUUCCGAACUUAUGAACCGGAAGAGCGUUUCACCCGAAGAGGAAAAAACAAAAACCAACGCUUUCGAGAAAUCUGAUGCUGCACUGCACUCACUCAACAGUCACAAGACUGGUGGUCUAAUACACAUGGACGAUGUCCAAAAUCUGUUGGGGAAGAUGGAAUCGAGCAUUCAAGAUCUGGAAGAAGGACUAGAAUGCUUGUUCAGGCAGUUAAUCAAAAUUAGAGUUUCCCUCCUCAAUAUUCUCAACCACUAG